GACUGGCCGUCGGGCUACUGCUACGAUAUCAGUGCCGACCCAUCAAAGUUCGUUACCUUCGGGAACAAAAAUUGACUUCGUUGUUGCCUAGUCUACGGCGUGCAUAUCUGUCCUCGCAAGAUCGCUCGGAUACAAGUGUUCCCAGCCCAACUCUUUGUCGAACGCAAGAAACAAACACUCGAAGCACAACGACAUGACCACCGAGCUAUACAGACUGACCGCCACCGAAGUCCUGACUAAGGUCAAGGCUGGUGAAGUUUCCAUCGAGGAUUAUGCAUCGUCACUCUUGAAGCGCAUCGAGGCACGAGAUGACGCUGUACAAGCCUGGGCAUAUCUUGAUCCAGCAUACGUGAUCGAGCAAGCAAAAGCAUUGGAUGCUAUUCCGGAAUCUGAACGCGGGCCUCUCCAUGGUGUGGCCAUUGCCGUGAAGGAUGUCAUCUUCACAAAAGAUAUGCCAACACAGUUCAAUUCGCCUGUGUACACCAACAAUGCCCCAAAAGUCGAUGCAGGAUCUAUCAUGGUUCUUCGUCAGGCUGGUGCCCUUAUUCUAGGCAAAACAACAACAACAGAAUUCGCAGCAACAACUGUAGGACCCAAGACACGGAACCCACACGACUCUGAGCGAACGCCUGGAGGUUCAUCGUCGGGUUCCGGGGCGGCCGUCGGUGACUUUCAGGCACCCGUUGGUCUCGGCACUCAGACUGGUGGUAGCACGAUUCGGCCAGGAUCCUACAACGGCAUCUAUGCGUUCAAGCCAACCUGGAACGCAAUCACUCGUGAAGGUCAGAAGAUUUACUCCCUCAUCCUGGACACGCUAGGGUUGUAUGCUCGUAGCGUGGACGACCUCGAACUUCUGGCCGACACAUUCAUGGUCUUCGAUGACGUUCCAGCUCCAAAAAACUUCUCGGUUAAAGGCGCAAAAUUUGCGAUCUUGAAGACCAUGGUGUGGCCGAACGCCGGUCCGGGGACCUCUACAGCAAUGGACAAAGCAACCUCCCUCCUUCGUGAGCGUGGCGCAGAGGUCGAAGAGAUCGCUUUCCCGGAUCAUCUCAACGAUCUUCCUGCAUGGCAUGCCACAGUCCUAGCUUCGGAGGGGCGAACUGCGUUCUUGCCUGAGUAUGCUGUCGCGAAAGACAAGAUCUCAAAGCAGUUGGUGGGUCACGUGGAGAACAGUGACAAGAUCUCGCGCAAGGCGCAGCUGGAGGCAUUCGACAAGAUUUCGGCGGCGAGACCUGUUGUAGACGAUAUUUUGGGUAAAUACGAUGCUGUCAUCACCCCGAGUGUGCCGGAUGAGGCGCCCUUAGGUAUUGCGACGACGGGCAACGCAUCAUUCUGUCUUAUUUGGACCGCGCUGCAUACGCCUGUGGUCAACGUGCCAGGGUUCAAGGGCGACAAUGGCAUGCCAAUAGGGUUGUCACUUGUCGCACCUCGUUACCAUGACCGGCGUCUGCUUGCAGUCAGCAAGAAGGUUGGGGAGGUUUUCGAGAAAGAGGGUGGGUGGAAGUCAUCAGUGUAGCAGCAUAAGCCGAUAGACGCAAUUGAAUCUAGAUCAUCUAGCAGAG